GACAGGGCCAUGCCUAAAAGGCAAGGCACUGAAGGCACUGCAUGGUCGCGGAUUUGACACGACCGUGGCUGAUAUGGAUAGAUACGUCGAAAUGCUCGAGAGCGAUCGCCAGCGCCUGAUUGAUGGGCUCCGGAAGUUGUAUCGAUACACCAGUGGAGGUUGUCCCCGAGGCUCGUUUGUACUUCCGCUAAGUGGGCAAGAGCAACCUCUCGCCCACGAGAUCCUGAGCCGACUGCACGUAUUGCCCGCGGAGUCAGAAAGUCAGAAGCCUCCUGCCAGCGGUCUAGCACCGAGACAAUGAUAGAUUCGUCUGCGACAGAUACAUGCAAUUUAGAUAUAUCCAGUCAGAGUCAAUGUGAAGACGGUGCAAUUUCACCGCCACCACCCGCGGGGAUCGACAUUUCAAUGACUGAACAGCUAUGGCCGAUGCUUGACUCCGAGUAUACAGUUCAGAACCAGGACUUGGUAACAAUACCCGACGCGAUGACAGACUCAAAGGGACUACUACCAUUGUGGGAAGAGUGGCCCAUGCAGAUGGCUACGGGUCAUUUCUCAACUACAUUCAACAACGGGUUAGUAGAUGA